GAGAAUCUCAGAACUGACAGAACUGUUUUCUCUAUUUUUAUUCUUCUAAUGGCUUCCUUGGCAAAACACCUUUCUUUUUUCUUCCUCCUAGUUCUCUUCUCCUCGCUGCAAAUUCAAGCUAGAGAGAGCAGGUUCUUUAGCAAGUUCACCCAUGACAAUGCUAACAACAAUCUGCCAGAUCUCAAAGUCUCCCUUACAGCUGAAGCUCCUACACCAACACCAGCACCAGCACCGGCAAUAGAACCAGUAACAGUACAAACACCAGAAGUAACACCAGCACCAACUUACUCUGAAAGUGAAAAUGGCUAUGGCUAUGGCCUUUAUGGUCAUGGCUCCAACCAAUUCCCUCCCACAAAGGAGACACCCACUACUACUACCACCAAUUUUGAAGAUGAAAAUCUAACUGAAGAACUCACAGGUGAAAGGUAUAAGACAGGGUAUCCGAAAACAAACCUGUACAAUUACAAUGGCAACCCCAACAACUACAACAACAAUGGCAACCCCAACAAUUACAACAAUGGCUUCAGCAGCAGCUACAGCAACAAUAAUCGUUAUACAACCAACUAUAAUAGCAAUGGCUAUGCAAACAACUACAAUACCAAUGGCUACUACAACAGCAAUGGCUACCAGAGUGAAAGACAAGGGAUGAGUGACACGAGGUUCAUGGAGAAUGGUAAGUACUAUUUUCAAGUUCAAAAUGAGAAUACCAAUCUUAAUGGGUAUGAGUCAGGGAGGGGAACCGCCAAAAAUGAAGGUUACUAUGGAAAUAAUAUGUACCCAAAUGAGUUCAACACCAUGGAAGAGUACGAGAAGCAGCAGGAGAGCCAAGAGGCGUUUGUGCCAUAAAGUAUUGGUCCACGAUCAACAUAUAUAGAGAGAGAGAGAGAGAGAGAGAGCUAGUUUAAUUUAAGGAUGAAAACAAAAUUAUGGUGAAUUUUCAUGUGUACUCUUAUUUUUCUGUCUGCACAGAUUUUAUGCCUUGCAGAAUCAUGAAGAUCAUAUUGUGUAAUUUUGUA